AUGGAUAUCCAAAUUCUUGAAACAAUUUUAUCGUUGCUUCUACUUUACGCUGCCUUGAGAAUCACAGCUUACACUAGGAAGAAGAUCACCAGCACAAAGACAACCGUGACGACGAAAUUAGUCCCUCAACCCUCAGGAGCAUGGCCCUUCAUAGGCCACCUCCCUCUGCUACGUGGCAAAGACCCAGUUGCCCUAACCCUGGGAGCCAUGGCCGAUGACCAUGGACCAAUCUUCUCCCUCAAGCUUGGCCAACACCAAGUGCUGGUCCUCAGCUCCUGGGAGACAGUCAAAGAAUGUCUCACAACAAACGACAGAGUUUUUGCCACACGACCAAGCAUUGCAGGAGGCAAGUACUUGGGUUACGACAAUGCAAUUUUUUCCCUAGCCCCCUACGGCCCCUACUGGCGCCACAUCCGCAAGUUGGCCACGCUGGAGCUCCUCUCGACCAAAAGAGUCGAAACGCUGAGCCACGUUAGGACCUCAGAGGUUGACAUGUUCAUCAAAAAUCUGCUUUCACUUUGCACAAAGAAUGGCGCAGGCCCCACGCCAGUGCAUUUGAGUGAGUUAAUUGAGUUCUUAACGUUCAACAUAAACGUGAGGCUGAUUGCUGGGAAGAGAUUUACAGCUGAGCAAUAUAAUGAGAAAAACAGUGAGGCUUGGCGUUUUGAAAAGGCUGUGAAGGAGGCUUU